AUGGGGCGCUGGAUAUGUUGCCUUUGCUCCAGAGUUGCAGAUUCGUUGAUGCUGCUCCUGGUUUUGGCUCUGAGCUGUAACUAUUCCACGGCAGCAACCGCUUCUCCGCCUGCACCCCACGUCAAACCCAGCUACAGCUUUGGCCGGACUUUCCUGGGACUUGAUAAAUGCAACGCCUGCAUUGGGACGUCCAUUUGCAAGAAAUUCUUUAAAGAAGAAAUAAGGUCAGAAACUCAGCACAGGAGGCCUCCACCGGCGAGCUGGGGUGCCAGGGCUGGAAACCCGGGCAGAGGGAGGAGGCCCGCCGGCACGGAGCGGAGCAAUGCUGUGCUGCGCAGCUGCGGGGAGAUGAAGUUUGCAGCCUCUGCGGCUGUGCCGCACAAUACUGGGUGCCAUUUUGGAAACCUGAGCUGUGACCAGGCAUUUUUGGAUGGUGCAGGGUUUUUGUCCUGGGAAGCAUUUGCUGUAGAGAUCCCCCCGCUUGUCCGUACACAUCAACAGCUGUGCCGCAGGGGCAGAGGAGCACAGAGGUGCCCAUGCCCCCGCCAUGGGCCAAGCACAUUGCGAUCUCGCAGGCUGGAAAAUAAACCUCUUUGUCGCGUGUUCCCCUCUCGCCAGGGCCUGUCUAGCCCAAUGCUGCGCUGCCCGUCCCAGCGUCUCCUGGACAGGAUAGUGCGGCGCUAUGCUGAGGUGCCAGACGCUGGCAGCAUCUACAUGGACCACCUCACCGAGCGGGACAAGCUGCGCCUGUUGUACACCUUGUCAGUGAAUUCACACCCCAUCUUGUUACAGGUACGUACCGCCUCGCCCGGGCUUGGAACGCCACCCCGCAACCCCUUGCCAGUGAACCUAGGUGUUUGCGGGCGGCUGGUGUACAGCGCCAGCACCCGGCCCCUGCGCGAUUUCUACGGGGCGGCCCCCGAGGUGGCUGCCGACCUGGCCCUCCAGCUCCUCGCCGUCCUCCGCUCCAUGGGCACCAACGACCUCAACUAUUUCUUCUACUUCACCCAUGUGGACGCUGGCACCUUCGGUGUGUUCAGCAACGGGCAUCUGUUCAUCCGGGAUGCCAGCGCGCUGGGGAUCAUCGACAAGGAGGAAGGGAGCCAGCUGAUUGACGGCCAACAGAAGUAUAAAGAUAUAUUUAGCUGUUUGACUGUGGACUGCCGGUCUGCAUUCGUGUCCUGUAACUCCAUCAGAGAGCAGCACAGCCUUGUCAUGGUGUGUCAGCAGCUUUUGCCCAAGCUCCUGAAGGGGAAAUUCCUGCAACCCGUGCAGGAGAAAAUAGACAGCUUCUUGCAGCACUGCGCCAACGGCCUCGCUGAUGACCAGGGAGUCAACGAGGCGGUUGCAAAGCUGGCAGAGCUCCUGAAACCUCUACGGUCUUGCGAUUCUCGUUUUGCCUACCGCUACCCUGACUGCAAAUACAGUGACAAAUACUGA